AAGAGACAUAAGCCUGUACAAAACUGCAGAAAAUGAAAAUGUAUUUUAUACUAUUUUUAUUCAAAAUUCACUAGAAAAAAAUUAAAACCAAAAACAGCUGAUACUGGUAUUCUUAGCCCUAAAAACGUUUUUGUAUCAUGGCAGCUGACCUGAGGCAAAUGUUCUUUUCCAUGUUCUUUUCAUGACUUCUACCAUCUGUAAAAUUGAAAUUAAAUCAAUAUCUUAGAAAAAACAAAACUUGAAAUGUAUUAUGUGGACUCUAAUGUUUCGAAAAAUAGCAUUCAAUUAAUUUUCAGAGGUACCUUUUAUAUUCUUGCCCUUUUUAAGAUUAAAAUCGGCCUAUGCAUUGGUCUAAAUCGGCUAACUGUAACAAGUACCGUACAUUAUACGAAAGCGUUGCAUGCUUUGCAAACUGGGUUGCACAGUUAUGUCAUUAUGAUUGCUUUCUGACUGUUUCCAAACGAGCUGGACCUCCUUUAAAAAAAAGAAAGAAAGAAAAAUGAAUUAAAUAAUGCAAUUUUUAUAUACAAAUCAGUGUAUGUAUCUUUACCCUUCCCAUCACCAAAUAAAUGACAGGCUGUCUUUUUGCGAGACUAAAGAAGGGGGAAAAAGCAAGAAGGAAAAAAGUUUUUUUCUUCCUAAAGUUUGAGCUUUCACUUUCUGCCUUCGAGGCGGGGUUAGCGGCGCGAGCAGCGUGGAGUGGGCGCGAGGGGGACGGCGAGCAAUUGCAAUGCAUCAGCGCGGCGAACUUCCACUCAACCUCAAAACGCGAAUGUUUUCCGACUUCUGAGAUAACGAUGUACUCCCCGUACUGCUUGACACAGGAUGAAUUCCAUCCCUUCAUCGAGGCCCUACUCCCGCACGUGCGGGCUUUCUCCUACACCUGGUUUAACCUGCAGGCCCGCAAGCGCAAAUACUUCAAAAAGCACGAGAAGCGUAUGUCCAAGGACGAGGAGCGCGCCGUCAAAGACGAACUCCUGGGCGAGAAGCCCGAGAUCAAACAGAAGUGGGCGUCACGGCUGCUGGCCAAACUGCGCAAGGACAUCCGGCCGGAGUUCCGUGAAGACUUCGUGCUCACCAUCACGGGAAAGAAACCACCUUGCUGCGUCCUGUCUAACCCCGACCAGAAGGGCAAGAUCCGCCGCAUCGACUGCCUGCGGCAAGCUGACAAGGUCUGGCGUUUGGACCUGGUGAUGGUGAUUCUGUUCAAGGGAAGUCCUCUGGAGAGCACGGACGGAGAGAGACUGGUUAAGUCGCCGCAGUGCUCGAACCAUACCCUGUGCGUGCAGCCGCACCACAUCGGAGUGUCCGUCAAAGAGCUGGACCUGUACCUGGCCUACUUCAUCCAUAUGCCAGAAUCUGGGCAAUCAGACAAUUCCAGUCAACAAGGAGACUCAGACAUCAAACCGCCUCCGAACGGACAUCUGAGUUUUCAGGACUGCUUUGUGACUUCAGGGGUCUGGAACGUAGCUGAGUUAGUACGAGUGUCUCAGACCCCGGUUGCAACAGCGUCAGGUCCUAAUUUCUCACUCGCAGAUCUUGAAAGUCCCGGUUACUACAACAUUAACCAAGUAGCACUCGGCAGACGUUCGCUUGCCUCUCCUCCAUCCACAAGGUCUGAGGUGGAGCUGUACGGCAGUCUUCCUCGAAGCUCUAAUAAGCGUAAGUCUAUAGAUGACAGUGAGAUGGAGAGUCCAGUCGAUGACGUCUUCUACUCCAGUCGUUCACCGGCUGGCACCAGUUCCCAGUCCAGUGGCUGGCCUAAUGACGUUGAUGCAGUUGCAGUGCAGCACCAUUUGUCGAGUGUUCAAGAGAGGAAGAUAAAACAUGAGAAUGAUGGCGUGCAGUUCCCAUACCAUGGGCUGUGCUCUCCCGGGUCUCUAAAGAAGCCAGCGGGGAAAUUCGAUUUCAGCGCCCUUUCAGCACAGACGAGGUCCCCCCGAAUGGCCUUCACACACCACCCGCUGCCCAUGCUGGCAGGCGUGAGACCAGGAAGUCCUCGUGCCUCAGCCUCUGCCCUUCAUUUUCCUGCCCCCUCCAUCAUCCAGCAGUCCAGUCCAUAUUUCACCCACCCCACCAUCCGCUACCACCACCAUCAGGACCCGCUCAAAGAGUUCGUCCAGUUCGUCUGUGCUGACGGCUCGGGGCAGCCGGGGGCACAGCCUAACGGGAGCGGUCAGAACAAACUGCCCGGCUCCUUCUUACUGCCACCUCCUCCUCCGGUAGCACGGCCGGUGCCGAUGCCCCUCCCCCUGUCCGAGCACAAACCCAGCCACACACACCCCGAGAGCGGAGUCGGCUCCCCGGCCUCGCCCUCAUACCCAGCGUCAGGCUCCACAGCUUCCAACAGGUUUGUCGGCAUCGGAACACGGGACAACAACUUUCUGAACAUCCCACAGCAGACUCAGUCAUGGUUCCUUUGACGAGACUUUUCAUGAAACACACAGGCACAAAUCCGCAAUGAAAACUGGAAAUGUCACAAAGCUAAGUAUGGAACUUUCUCACAUGCCCCUCAAAAGUCUCACUCACACACAGACAUGCCAUACACAAACACAAUUCCUGAAAACAUUGGCACCCAAUUCCGGAUGAGGAAUCUGGGGUACUUCAGCAUUACGCCUCUAGUCUUGGAGAACACACUACGCUGAUGACGGAUGACCGGAUGGAAUAAGCAUUCAGAAGAAAUGACAAACCAUCUUUCAGCAUCUUUAUUGUGUUCCUGAGGCAACCAGUACAUUGACCAAUCCCCUUAUCCUCUUUUGAUUUGCUCAUACAAAUACCAAUCAAAUGCCAUUGUGAGGAAAAUCCAUUUCUUGCCUGUCAGAACUAAUUUUGAUUGUACACUAGAAAUGAAAUUUGAAAUGAAAUGUAUCCUGGAUGAUGUUAAUCAUGGACUCCACAUUGAUCUGCUCCAUCUGAAUACGACCACGGACACACAUUUGAUUGGCUAGAGAAACUCAGCUGAACUCUUUUGAUUGGCUCAGCCUUCAGUGCAGUGUGAACUCAUCCACUCCCUGUUUAAUUGUGGACAAGCAACAGACUGUGAGUGAAACAGUCAAACAACACGGAACACUAACCGUGAUCAGUUUUAUUGAAAUGAUCAAUGAUAAGGGAUGUCAGAUUGUUUGGCCUCAGAUUUGCAAUGCGGAGUCAGGCUACAUGAUUCUAUGAUAAUUUGUUCAUGUGUGCACAUAAAUGCACGCACGCACACACACACACACACGCACACACACAGAUAAUUUCUCAUCAUAGCUUGAGCAAAGCAAUAGAACAUGCAAAUACACAUUUCAAUGACAGCACUACACUGAGACAGAGGCAGUCAUAACAUAUCACAACAUCAUAUAGAGAACCUGGCUUUUAGUUUUAUGACAGUAAUGGGAAGAAGGGUCAAGCACGAUUGACUGUUGUUUUGGGGUUAAACCUUAAUGAUACAGUAUAUAUAUAUAUAUAUAUAUAUAUCUUUCAUUAUGUAGUGUUGAUGAAUUAAAAGGUCAGUGAUUUGAGUUAUACACUCUAAUUGAAUGAAUUAAUGGGGGUUUUAGCACCACCAUCAUUCAGUCUGAGUGCUUGUGCAUCCACAUAUACAGGAUCGAUCCUACAGUAGGCCCUACACACAAGGGCUUAUUCUACUUUUCUUAGCUUUGGGUUUGGUUUUGCAGUACAUACAGGGGAUAAUCUCACAAAACCUGUCAAGAUCAUGUCCGUGUCAUAUGUCACCCCUAAAUAAAAAAAAUAAAAAAAAUAUGAAAUUAGGACAAAUAUCCAUUGAGAAUUUAAAACAUUGAGAAUUUAAACUUAAAAGUAAAAUGUUGAGACACAUUUAGGUAAUGAUAAUUUUUCCUGAUUUAAAAAAAUACUGUCAUACAAUGAUUUUUUAUUUUUUUUUACUGUAAAACAGUUACAGUAAUAAAAAUAACAAUUAAAAACUUAAAUUCUAAAGUAAAAUUUCAAGAUGCAUUAAGAUAAUAAAAAUGUUUGCUGAUUUAAAAAUAGUGUAAAACAAGGAUUUAUUUUUUUACUGUAAUACAGUAAAAAUUUCUGUUUUACAGUUAUGAGAAUGACCAUUAAGAAUAUAAAUUCAAAAGUAAAAUGUUGAGACACAUUAAGGUAAUGACAAUUUAUGCUGAUUUAAAAAAUAUUGCAAAUGGAUGAGUUUUACUGUAAUACAGUAAAAUUACUGUAUUACAGUUAUGAGAAUAACCAUUGAGAAUUAAAACUCAAAAGUAACAUAUUGAGAUGCAUUAAGGUAAUGAAAAUUUGUGCUGAUUUAAAAACUACUGUAGUAUGAGUUUUUAAAAAAAAAAAAAGUAAAACAGUAAAAUUACUGUAUUGUAGUUAUGAGAAUAACCAUUGAAAAUUAAAACUAAAAAGCAAAAUGUUGUGAUGCAUUUAAGUAAUGAAAAUGUAUGCUGAUUUUAAAAAAGUACUGUAAUACAGUAAAAUGACUGUAUUACAGUUAUGAGAAUGAUCAUUGAGAAUUAAAACUAAAAAGUAAAAUGUUGAGAUGCAUUUUUUCUGAUUUAAAAAAAUACUGUAAUACAAUGAUUUUUUAUUUUUACUGUAAAACAGUUAAAAUUAUUGUAUUACAGUAUUUAGAAUUAAAAAUGUGUACUUGUACGUCAUGACACAUUAAGGUAAUACAAAUUUAUGCUGAUUUAAAAUAUACUGUAAUACAAUAAUUUUAACUGUUUUACAAUAAUAAUUAAAAAAAAUCAUUGUAUUACAGUAAAUAGAAUAACCAUUAAAAACUAAAAUUCUAAAGUAAAAUGUCAAGAUGCAUUAAGGUCUGAUUAAUUGUCCUGAAAAUAAAUGGCCCAUUUUCUUUAUGUAAAAUAUAAAUGUAUUUUCUCUUAUUGAUUUUAAAAUGUGAUCUGGACAUGUUUUCAUGAGAUUCAAACUUUUACAUUUUUUAUUUGUUUUAUAGGUUUUGUGCACUUUUUUCACAACGUAACACCCGCUCGGACUGCAUGUGGAUUUGUGCUUACCAAAGUGUUUUUGUUUUCCGUAGAAUAACAGGUUAAGAACAAACAUAUCAUUUAACUCUCCUUCAACUUGAAUGUGACUAACAAAUGGACAAUCUCUAAGCUUCAUUAACUAGAUUUUGGGGUCACUAUGAUGUCGACAGUGCUCUACCCUUCCUACCAAUCACACUCACCAUUGGUUUGCAGUUCCUUCAUAUCAUUAACAUUUUCUCUCCACACCUCAGUUUUUUGUUUCAAAACACUAGUAUUGCCUGGCUCACAAGACAAUCUACCGAUGGCUGCCAUUUCAUUUUAGCCUACCAGCAUAGCAGUAAACUAAGAAACAUACAUACAUAACACAUACACAAACACUGCACUAUGACACAUGCCCAUACCAUUAAAGGACAAAGGGAAACAUUUAAAGGGAUAGUUCACCCAAAAAUGAAAAUUCAGUCAUACUUUACUCACCCUUAUGUCAUUCCAAACCUGUAUGACACUUUCUACUGCGGAACACAAAAGGAGAUUUUUUAAAUGAAUAUCUCGGUACAAUGGCAGUGGAUAUAGAUUUACUUUCAAGUUUAAAAAAGGAUGCAAAAGUACCAUAAAAGUAGUCUAUGCAACUUGUGCGUCAUAUUCCAAGUCUUUUGAAGCCACGCAAAAAUUGUUGGUGAAAAACAACCCACAAUUCAAGUCAUUUUUUGGUGAAAAUCUUGACGCACAUUCAUGAGCAACUCAUUCACAGUGUUUACGCAAGAAUUUGCAUUUAGCGCUAAACAUGUUUGCGCAAGUUCAACGCAUGUGGAACGACGUGAUGGUGAGUAAAUUAUGACAGAAGUUUCAUUUUUGUCUGAACUACCUCUUUAAUCUCCUCUACCGAAUUUUGAUUUUAGAAUAUGCACCCUAUUUAAGGUACAAUACAUAUUAUAUUUUGAGACAAACAAAACAAAAUAGAGAAGAACAUUUUCGCUGUCCAAACAGCACAAGAACAGACUCUCGAAAUCACUGACCUCACUAAAUAACUGGACUGCCUGGCUGUCAAUCACAUGUCAGGGACUCUUAUUGGCUGAGAGAUCGGCCCGCCGGUCGUCCUUCGGUAGCUUGUCAAAAACAGACUAUAUUUCACCAUCCAAACGCAUCAAAGUGCCUCAGUGUCCCCUUUACAUGUAAUUCAGGGUCUUCACCUCAUGUAUAAACUACAGAAAAUAUGUACAAUAUGUAUCAUGGGCUUAGCAAGAAACAACAUAUAAGCAACUGCAAACAUCAUAUUUAUAAAUAUUUGUUAGAUCAUAUCGUACUCGCACUGUAUAUAUAUGGAUAUAUGUAUAGUUCUUCCGCUGUGAAAUUAGCUCUAUGGCAGUCUAGUUAUUUUUUGACCUUUCACCCGAGUCAGUGACGUCAUUGGAAAAUGUCCAGAAAUAGUAAACUCGUAAACACACGGGUCUUCGCAACCUUUGGUAUUGUUCAGGUCAGUGCAAAUACAUGACAAAUACACUUUCAUAUACAACGGAAACAAUUUGUCAAAGAAAACAAGAAUUUGUUUUCUUUGUAAAAAAAAAAAAAAAAAAAAAAGUGUUAUUAUUGAGAAAAAAAAGAGAUAUAUGUGGACUGAGCCAUGUGCAAUGUGUUGGGUAGAUAUCUAUGUUUGUCUGAGAUUUUUAAGAAAGUGAUGCAAGUAAAAAAAGAAAAAAAAAAAAGUUGAAGUCUGCGAGCUCCUGGACUCUAAAUAUGAGGGCCACAAAAAGAAUCCCAGUCUUUGUAAGUGUUGGGGAAGUUCGUUUUUACUUUUCAUUUAUCUUUUUUUUUUUUUUUUAAGUUUUAUUUGUAAUCUUUUGUGGUGGGGGCUGAAGGAACAAUUUUGCGAACUGUCAAAACAAAUAUGUAUUACGAAAAAAAAAAUACUGGUGCUUCUGUUACUCAUAUGCGAAUAAUACCACACCAGAACGACUGUUUCUUAAGAGACAAUUUUUACGAAAACUGUUUCUCGUUUCUUCUGCAUUUGUUUUUACUAAGGGGGGUUAAAUUUUUUAUAUAUCGGUUCUGACAAAAGGCAUUUUACUACAACCUUUAAUAAAGCAAUGCCCCUUCUUAAGGCUAGGACAUAUUUCGUUUUUCUGCGUGCCAUACUUUCUCGCGCUCAGCCUUUUGACCGCAAGCCCAUUCGAUACUCUUUUAGCACAGUUAACGCCAGGCAACGCCGAAAAGACCUGGACUGUGUCCAUGUCUAGAAAAACAAGGCUGCAUGCGGUCAGUCCGCACGUACUGUGUGUAUUUGCAACACACACUCUGAAAACCGAAGUAUACUUUGGCCUUUACUUCUUAAAUGUGUUUAACAACAUCGUUCUUAAAAUGAUAAAUUCCGGAUGCAUAAGCAGGAACACAUAGAUUAUUUACAUUUUGCUUUAUAACUUCAGUCUCCAACUUUGUUGGAGUAAUGGGCAUUUUAAUUAUCAAGUGUCACGUUUAUUUGAUUCCGAAAAUACAGUAAGAUCGAGAAUACGGUAGAGGAUUCAUCACAAGCAAUGAAAUGUUCGCUCCAAAUGUCAGACUAAUUUAGGUGAGGAUCGUGUUAAAAUGUGUUAAUGUGAGUAGAGUUUUGUUAGACAUUCUCGUAGUUUAGAGCACACGUGGUUUGAGGGGAGAGGCAGAAACGCAUUGGAAAAUCAGUGAGCCACGGCCCCCGUAUCGUCCUGGAAACUUUUUCUGUAUGUAAAUGAGCUCCCAUAGUGUUCGUGCUGUAGUGUAAUAGGUGAGCAUUUAAAGGUUGUCCUAUUCAAAGUGCCUUUUGUUCACAGACACCAUCUUGUAAAUGAGAACACCCGUCUUCUUUCCUUCUACUUCUCUUUAAGCUUUCUCAAGCCGUAUACACAGUAUAUAGUACUACAAGAAAAUGGAUGUGAUUUUGUUCUUCUUAUUGUAAAAUGAUGGGGGGGGGGAAGUUGUUAAAAAAUAAAAUAAAAAAUAUUUUCUCUGUACCUCUGUCAGUCUCUCUUGCUCUGUUCCAAAACCUAGUGAGAUGCCUAUGUAGGCAGCAUUUUAAGUCAUCAUAAAUUGUGCAGAGGCUGUUCCAAAAAUUAGGCAGUGUAAUUAUACAACCUUCUUAGAUACCUUCUUUUGGCUGAAUUCUUAGGCAGCAUCACAUGUAUCCUCCACAGAGAAAUCAAUCCCAGCUCAGUGAACAAAUCCAUUCAAGAUUGUAGACAAAAUGAUACAAAUACUGAUUAUACAGUCAAUAUAAUUCAUUAAUUACUGAAAAGUAAUGCUAAAAACAAUUCAGUCUAAUUAAAAAUUGACUAUUUUACCCAAUAUUUGUAUAUCUAUGCUUCUUUUUAGUGUUAUGUUGUUAGCUUAGCAACAUGCUAACACCAAACUAUAUUGAGAUCCAUUUAAGAUUGUGGACAAAAUGAGGCAAAUAUUGAUUAUAAAGUCAAUAUUAUUCAUUCAUUACUGAAACGUAAUGCUAAAAUCAAUUCAAUCUAAUUAAAAAUGGACUACUUUACGCAAUAUUGGCAAAUGUUAUGCUGUUAGCUUAGCACCAUGCUAACACCAAACUCUAUUGAAAUCAACUGAGUCAAGUCUCCCACGUGCAUUACGUGAUGAGUGCCGUUUCUGUGAUGCACAAACUUUACCAAAUGAGUCACUUCUAAGGGUGCCACCUUAGAAGGCAGUUGCCUAUGUUGGCAGUAGACAGCAAGCAGCUCACCAGGUUUUGAAUCAGAGCCUCUCUCAAUCUUCUUGGCACUGUAGAUGUCUCCCUAUCUUUCUCUUUCCUCUCUCUCCCUACUUUUUGAAAGAGUUGGAAAAAAAAAAUGUUGAACCUCUUUUUCUCUCGAGCAAGAUGUUGUAAACUCUAAUGUUAUAUCCCUGUCUGUAUGCUUCACAUGUUUAUAUCAUGCACAUCUCUCUCACUUCAGUCAAAUGCAGUGGGCUUUGAGUAGAAUCUGCCCCAUUAAUGCUGAUCCAGGGCCAGCUUAUGCUUCCUAAAACAUAACUUCGACCAGAAGUAACAGAGCAACUUGAAGGGUCGGGUGUGUUGUGUCUUGGGAAGGGGUACGGCCCUGGGUAAGAGGUUUUUGUUGGCAUCAGGGGCUUGGGUGUAGGUGAAGAGCACUGGACCAGGCAACACAGAUCAACUGUCUUGUUUGUUUGUCUUAUAUUUAUUUCAAUUUUCCUUGCAAUUUGGAGUCUCAAAAGAAACUCUUGGACUCCACAAUUAAAGCAUCUUUUUUAGUCAUUGUAUGAGACCUGCUAUUUAAAAACUUGACUGAUUAUUUGCUAAUUGCACCUUACAGACUGAUUGGGCAUAAGACAAAUUGCACUAAGAACAUGCCAUACACAAAACAGCCUGCUUGCUAAUAACUUGGACAUGCAACAGAAAGGUUGCUUGUUCAAUCCCAAAUUGAUGGUGAAUUGCAAUUGUGGAUAAAGAGUGUCAUCUUAAUGACUUAUCACACUUUGAAUUCAGCAAGAGUAGUUCGAAAGUUUUGCUUCUGAAAUCGGUCUGUGCUUACCGAAAUUCAAAUCACUGCCCCCCAGUAGCCAAAGCUAGGAAUGUUGUUGAACAUAUGGGCAUGCAUGUGUGAGCUGCAGUGCUCGGGUGAAAUGUCCACUGAGAAUGGCAUCUGAAGCUUGUCAGUAACAGUAACUAAAUGGGAUUUUAGGUCGAUUUCAGUUAACAUGAACUUUCGGAAGCAACCUGUUGAUUUCCUGUGUGAUCAUGUUGGAUUGUUUAAUGCUUUCACCUUAAUUUAAAUAGUUAAUUCAUUCAAAAACCCCUUGUUUUAUGUGCCAGAAAAAUAUGAGACAUAUUAAAUAUCUGAUUUGUAUAUUUUCAAAAGAUAUUGCCCCCUUAAGAAGCGUCAAACAUAGUUUGUCUACUUUUUGUCAGUGUAGCAAACUAUAUAAAAAAAAUGUGCUUAACUUAAAUUUUGAGUAGAUUGUAAAGCUUAUUUCAAAUGAGCUUUUCUAACAAAUGGAUAGAGUUAUGAUUCGAGUUAUUAAUUAGAGUCAGUAAAACCAAAAUCAGUAUUAUCAACAAUUCCUCCUCCAGUAGCUGCUUGUGUCAUGGUUAGUUACAGGUAGUGGCAGACUUCUGUUUAUUUAAAAUCUUUCCCAAUUCACUAAUGCACAUGUAGCUGUACACAUAUAGGUCCAUACAUACCAGCUGGGAGGUGUCCCGAUCCAGUGCUCUCCAUCCCUGUGCGCCCUCACAAGAGCCCUUGGCGAUCUGCAUGUGUUAUUUACAGAUUCUUUUCCAUUAUAAAAACUAAAAGUUUGUAAAGAGCAGCACCUGAUUGAAUAAAUGAUGUUCUUGACUGUACAAAGGUCAUGGUUUUGGUUUGUUUUAUGGUGAGAAAUCACCACCACUUUAAUCAGUCAGUAAGACUUUAUUGAUCCCAAGAGAGAAGUUCAGACAUUAUAGUAAAUUAUACUAUAAGUUUAGAAGCAGGCCCACAUGGCAUUUCUGCACAACUGGAAUGCACAUUAUUUAAAGUUCUGCACAUUCUGCACCAUGUUUUUUUGUUUAUUAAAUAUUUUGGGUAAAUCGAUAUUGCAUUCAGCUACCAAUACAAGUGGAAUACUUUUAAAUUUGACCAUAUUCCGCAAAUUUCCCCCAAAAUCAAUGCAGCAAAUGCAACAAAAAGUCCAGAUUCCAUCUAGGCCUGCGUACAACAUAACAAAGGAGCAAUCCUUUACUUUGAAUGUUUAAGGACACAAUGAGUGCCUUUACAUGCACAAUUUUACAAUGCUUAAUAAGCCAACAAUGUAUGUGGUUAUGUAAACACCAUAAACGGCAUUCCUUUAUCUGGGUACGGUCAUAAACGGUUAAAGCAUAAACCGAUCGACACAGGUACUUGGUGAUUUUUUGAAUAAGCUGGUUUUCGUGUUAGCGUAAUGGCGUGCAUGUAAAUGCUCUCAGUGUUAAAAGUUUCUGGAUUUGGUAUACCUGCUAAAAAAGGUGAAUAUUUCACUUAUUGAAGUUGAACUCUCAAAUAGAAUUUACUUUGCCCAUAAACCCAUUGUCAGCUUUACAUAGAUAUGCUUCAAAAAAUCUCUGACUUUGACUUUGCAAUCUUGCAGCGCAAACUACAUCGUGAUGCUGUAACAGGCCUCUGUUUUUUUUUUUUUAUCUCUGCAAUGCAAGCAAGCUCUUCUUUGCUGUAUUGGUACAAGUUGGUCCUCUUAUACAGGAAAACUAAGUGAAUCUAUUAAAUGUCUAAAAAGUAAAUUAACCUCCCUAAAUGAACCUUAUUGUCAUUUAUACUUCUGAAUAUUUUGCUCCAACGGUGACGAGAUGAGAUUUAUAUGUCUGUUAUAAGUAGUGAUCGACCGAUAUGGGUUUUUUAAUGGCCAAUGCCGAUACAAUGCCAAUAUAUCACACAAUUUCAUAUAGUAAAUAACAUAAACAUAAAAUUGCUAAAAAAAUGAAUGAACUCUUAUUUAGCACUAUAUUUACUCAAUUUCACACAAAACCUGAACUUUGUAAAAAAGAAUCUAAAAAAAUAAUAUUGUAUUUUAAAUGGUAGAUAGCAGUUUCUUCUAAUUUCCAUUUAGUCAUCAAAUUUUUGUAAUUUAUUUGCACAUGAAGCAAUUGUUAAUAUAUUAGGAAGAAGGAAAUAACAGAGCACACAGUAGUCCAGCAACCAUGGAUGGCAUGUCCACGUUAGCAAUCGCAUUUUCUCAAAAAAAUACUGAAUCAAACCAAUUGCACAUACAGUUGAAGUCAGAAGUUUACAUAAACUUUAGCCAAAUACAUUUAAACUCAGUUUUUUACAAUUCCUGACUUUUAUAGUAGAAAACAUUCCCUGUCUUAGGUCAGUUAGGAUCACUACUUUAUUUUAAGAAUAAUAGUAGAGAGAAUGAUUUAUUUCAGCUUUUAUUUCUUUCAUCACAUUCCCAGUGGGUCAGAAGUCUACAUACACUUUGUUAGUAUUUGGUAGCAUUGCCUUUAAAUUGUUUAAAUUGGGUCAAAUGUUUUGGGUAUCCUUCCACAAGCUUCUCACAAUAAGUUGCUGGAAUUUUGGCCCAUUCCUCCAGACAGAACUGGUGUAACUGAGUCAGGUUUGGAGGCCUCCUUGCUCGCACAUGCUUUUUCAGUUCUGCCCACAAAUUUUCUAUCGGAUUGAGGUCAGGGCUUUGUGAUGGCCACUCCAAUACCUUGACUUUGUUGUCCUUAAGCCAUUUUGCCACAACUUUGGAGGUAUGCUUGGGGUCAUUGUCCAUUUGGAAGAACCAUUUGCGACCAAGCUUUAACUUCCUGGCUGAUGUCUUGAGAUUUUGCUUCAAUAUAUCCACAUAACUUUCCUUCCUCAUGAUGCCAUCUAUUUUGUGAAGUGCACCAGUCCCUCCUGCAGCAAAGCACCCCCACAACAUGAUGCUGCCACCCCCAUGCUUCACAGUUGGGAUGGUGAUCUUCGGCUUGCAAGCCUCACCCUUUUUCCUUUAAACAUAACGAUGGCAUUAUGGCCGAAAAGUUCCAAUUUUGUUUCAUCAGACCAGAAGACAUUUCUCCAAAAAGUAAGAUCUUUGUCCCCAUGUGCACUUGCAAACUGUAGUCUGGUUUUUUAUGGUGGUUUUGGAGCAGUGGCUUCUUCCUUGCUGAGCAUCCUUUCAGGUUAUGUCGAUAUAGGACUCGUUUUACUGUGGAUAUAGAUACUCGUCUACCCGUUUCCUCCAGCAUCUUCACAAAGUCCUUUGCUCUUGUUCUGGGAUUGACAGAAUGUGUCUCAUUCCUGAGCGGUAUGAUGGCUGCGUGGUCCCAUGGUGUUUAUAGUUACGUAUUAUUGUUUGUACAAAAGAACCUUCAGGCAUUUGGAAAUUGUUCCCAAGGAUGAACCAGAUUUGUGGAGGUCCACAUUUUUUUUCUGAGGUCUUGGCUGAUUUCUUUUGAUUUUCCCAUGAUGUCAAGCAAAGAGGCACUGAGUUUGAAGGUAGGCCUUAAAAUACAUCCACAGGUACACCUCCAAUUCAGUACACCUCCAAUCAGAAGCUAAUUGGCUAAUUGUCUAAAGGUUUUUCCAAGCUGCCUAAAGGCACAGUUAACUAAGUGUAUGUAAACUUCUGACCCACUGGAAUUGUGAUAUAGUCAAUUAAAAGUGAAACAAUCUGUCUGUAAACAAUUGUUGGAAAAAUUACUCAUCAUGCACAAAGUAGAUGUCCUAAACGACUUGCCAAAACUAGAGUUUGCUAAUAUGAAAUCUGUGGAGUGGUUAAAAAAUAGGUUAAUGACUUCAAUCUAAAUGUAUGUAAACUUCUGACUUCAACUGUACAGUGCAUAGUGAAUAAGACAUUUACUUAUAGCACACGUGAAGCGCUUUUACUUUGAAGUUGCACUCACACGCUCAUGCGGAUCCAGCGCAAGCAGCACAAUCUCCUAACAGUUUAAACGGCCUGGAUCACCUACUUGGAUUAUGACCAAUGACCGUCAUGAUUUGCGAAUCAGAGGAAGUUUUGAUUCUGGCUGAUGGAAUAUGCGCUUCAGAGUAAGAUAUUAAAUGAGCGCUCGACAGGAAGAAAACGGUGGAUUUUUGUAAGGUUCGUGAAUUACAUCUUUUUAAACGCAUAUUUGCAGACGGUAUAUAAUAGAGGUUUUGAUAUUUACCUUUUAUCUUUAGAAAAGUUACAGGAAGCUGUAGAGUUACUGUUAGAAUACGUGCUUCAGAGGAAGAUUUAUGAGCGUUCCACAGGAUGCUGGAUCUGCUGAAGUUUUGUGAGGUUGGUUUAUUACAUCUGUUUAAACGAGAUAUGUGCAUAUUUGCAGAUGUUAUAUGAUAUUAGUUUUAUUGAUAUUUGCCUUUUUAUCAUAAGACAAGUCAGUUAAGUUGCAGGGAACUGUUGAGGAGAGAGAGGGAGAAUGAAACAGGUGAGCACUUUAACAUUAUGAGCUCAAACGCAUCUGUUGCGGCUCUGAUAAGCGGACCAUUUGAAUGACACUGUGUUGCACACCGGUCUAUUAUUGUAGUAACAUGAUGGCACAUAACAAAACGAACCGUGACUGGUCGUUUACAUGUCUCAGUCGCUGCACAUGUAAGCAGGCGAUUCUCAGCGCCCUCAAGAAACAAACAGGCCAAAGGGGAAAAUUUAUCAGCCGAUGCAAUAAUUAAAAUAUUCAGGCGAUAUAUCGGUCGACCGCUAGUUUUAAGUAAUAAAUAAGGAGCUUUAAAAGGUAAAGUGUAAUUUCUGCGCCACCCAACAGAAUUGCAAAAAUAAUGACUGUUCAAAUAAGUUUUAAACACUGCCCCAUCUUCCACUGAUCGGGCAAACGGACUGUCUGGUGCAGUCAGGACACUCAAACACAUUGUAAUUUUGUUCGAUGCCACUAGUUGCACAGAAAUUACACCCUGAAAUGGGACAGGUCGGGUAGUCAAACAAAUCGUUUAUCAGCUUGGUCAGAUUCUUUGCUUCCAGAUUUGACAUGACAUCCUCCAUCGCAGUACAUUCAUUUACAUAAACACUGUUAGAGACGGAGUUUAAAACUGAUAUUAUUUGGACUACAUCUUAUGUCAUGUUUUAAUGCUGUUAUCACAUUCAUCUGGAGGGUGUCCUUUGAGAAAUACAGAAAUAUCUCUGAUAUUAGAGAAUUAUAUAAAAUUCUCCUUUAGACAUAUAUUAUUAAUCCUUCUCCAAAAUAAAAACAAA